AUGCCUUCAGAUUCAGAACUUUCAUCAUUAUCAUCAGCACCUCCGACUGAUGACGAAGCUGCCAUGGCGAUUGACCAUCCAACUGGUAUCACAAAGUACUUCAAGAAGGAGUCUGAGACGCCGCCACCGAAGCGGGAACCUUCACCUCCGCAUGAAUACGUCGUGGCCGACAACCCCGAUAUUGCGUUCAUCGUCACGUUCCGCGCGCGUUUCCAUGAAGUGUUCCCCAAAGGAGUGCCACACUACGGCCCACAGGAUAUUGAGAAGGGAAUUGAAGAGUCUCCCCCUGGAGAAUAUAUCGAAAGACUGCUAUGCGCAUUGCUUGGGCUUGUUCUAAACCGCAAGAAGGAAGUCGAACGAAACCAUUUCACACGUCCCCUCGAGGAAGCAAUCCAUACACAUCAGUCGCAGUGGCCAAAAGAAUGGGAGGGCAAAAAUCCUCUUCAUGGGGGUCGCAGCUUUGCGACCAUGUCCCCCGUGGAACGUCUGCGUUUAUUGAAGGUCCUGAUACUGUGGUCACUCUCGUCGUCCGACGCAGUCCAGGCGAAGAUUAAAGAAUCCUACAAGCAGGCACGCCACGAUGACGAUCUCAAUCAGCCAUUGUCUGUUCAACCCUGGGGUCGGGAUAGCCUGAAACGUCGAUAUUGGCUUAUUGAAGGGCACGAUGAUACAAACUUCCGUCUCUACCGUGAAAGUAACCCAGCACUCAAACACAAUACUUGGUGGAGUAUCGCGGGGAGUAUUCCGGAGCUGGAGGCCGUCGUGGAGAAACUUGAAGGCGAAAAAGGCACAAACUCCAAGAAGCUCAGCGAGAAAAUUCGCGCUUCAAUUCCUCGGUUCGAGGCAUCAGAAGAGAAACGGAGACGCCGCGACUAUCGUCUCGCACGAAAAGCUGCCUUCGUUCGUCCAGAUCCUGGGUUCUCCAUGUAUGAAGGUCGUACACGCGGCAAGAAACUGAAAUACACGUACUCGGACGACGAAGACUUCCUUUCUGACGAUGAGCCUUCCGCCCGCCGCUCCACUAGAAAUGCAGCUCCUACGGAAUCUUCCAUGGAGUCUAGACGCCCUCGAUUCACGGCAAGCGGCAGGCAGAUUCGAUCUCGCGCCGGGGGCCUCUACGGCGAGGCUCUGUUGUCUGGCCAACGAGACGGUGAUGAAGAAGAGUUCGAUGAAGAUGAAGAAGAAAAAGUAAGUAGACCACAGAGGACCCGGACUUCAACCCAUCCCAACGGAUACUCUGGAUACGACGCCGAUGAUUUGGAGGAUGCAUCUGAAGUCCAUUCAAGCGCGAAUGAAAGUGGCAACGAUUGGCGUGGCGUUGAAGACGAUUUGGAGCAUGAUUUCGAAGGGGACAAUGAAGAAGACGAAGAGAGCGCAGAUGAGCCAACCGAAAACGAGGAGCCAGAAAGCCUUGUCGUGCAACUUCGAUAUGCUAAGGGAGAUACAUCUAGCAAUCUGGAGGUCCAGAUUGACAAAUCACCUCCUGGGAAAGACGUUGAAAUGAAGGAUGCCGGAGAAGCUGUUGCAGCCCAAGCACCGCCGACGGCCCUCCCUCAUCAAUCAAACUCAGAUGCGCAGCAGGAUCCGACCAUGAUUGCACCUUCACAUCCUUCUGCUCCGAUACCCCAAGAGCCAACCCAUUCUGGAGCGGCCGUGGCUGCGCCAUCCGUUUCUUCAAACGGUGCGAAUCAAAUUUGA